UUCUAUCAUUUCUACUUUAAUGUUGUUAUUAUUACUAUCAUCAUUAUUAUUUUUAAUAAUUUUUUCUUAACUUUCUGUAGAUAAUAUGACUUUAACUUAAUAAUUUUGUCGGGGGCCCAACUGGAAAUAAGCUCUGACUCGAGCUUUCGUGGGUUCAAGCUGACUUAAUUUUGAUCUGUUAUUCUUUUAUAUUGUUGUAUGUUGGAGACUUGGUGAAUAAAAUCAAUCAAUCAAUCAAUAAUCAUCUAGUACGGAAUAUAGGCGUUGGCCUUUGAUUCCCGGUCACUGUAUACGUCUGGCAUUGCAUUGUCACAUGAGAAAGAUAGUCCAUGUCUUUAGUGUGCUUACGGGAGGAGUCGCGGAAGGUCACUUUGCUUGGUCCACCUUAUAAUCCUUUUGAAAGAUUCAGUUGUUUUUCGUUUGCUCUAUAUUUUCAGGCAAGUUGCUUUUGGCUUUUCACACUGAUUCAAUGUUCGAGCCUACACGGAUAUAAACUAUGGCUGUGAGACAAGUCCGGGCUGUCCAGUACAAUUACCAACCGUAUAUAUACUUGAUUAGAAUCCAUCAUGAUUGACCUGCUUGGAGCUGGAGAGUCUGGCUUUGGUCAGUUUAAUGCCCUGACCAUCACAGCAACCCUUGGAGUGGUCACUGCUACGCUGGCCCUCUGGACCAUCAUGAGGCCAAAGCGAUUUCCCCCUGGUCCAAGAGGUCUGCCUAUCGUUGGCAGCAUCUACAGUAUAAAUGAUUCUCCUGAGGUUGUCUUUGGGGAAUGGGCCAAGAAGUACGGUGAUGUCGUUGGCUUCAAGGCGGGGCAGAGAUGGAUGGUAGUCCUCAACCGCCAAGCAUUGAUCAAGGAAGCCGUCCUCAAACAGGGCGAGGACUUUGCUGGUCGUCCAGACUUCUACUCCCUGGAACUCCUCACGGAAGGAUUCAAGGAUAUUGCUUUUAGCCCUUACAAUGAGACCUGGAAACUUCAUCGCAGGUUGGCUCACUCAGCUCUCAGGCAUUUUGCAACAGGCAAGCCUCUUCAGGGUCUCAUCUCCAGCGUCUACCCCAAGGUUGAAAAGAAGUUGGCCAUGACGGAGGGACAACCAAUAGACCCCAAGUUUCUCCUCAAUCUAAUCAUGUACAAUGUUCUCGCACAGAUGUGCUUUGGACGAAGUUAUGAGUUGGAAGACCCUAAAGUUGUGCAGUGGAUGGACUUAAACGACGAACUCAGUGAAACAUCUGGAUUAGGUCUAGCAGCAGACUACUUCUCUUGGGCCAAGUACCUUCCCACCAGCGGUGCACGGAUGAUAAAGAAAAACUUAGAAAAGCAGUUUGGCUUCCUGCGUUCGCAGGUGGAGGAAACAAGAGAACAUUAUGAUCCGGAGAACAUCAAUAAUUUCUACAGUCUACUUCUCAAAGCUCAAGAAGAUGCAAGGAAAGAAGGAGAGAAUGUGGACAAACUGACCGAUACUCACGUCUUCCAGACGAUCGCUGAUAUGUUUGGAGCUGGUAUUCAGACAACCGUUGAGACCCUGUACUGGGCCAUGGCUCUCCUUGCGACCUACCCAGAAAUCCAGGCAAAGAUCCGCGCCGAGAUCGAUGAUGUCAUCGGCCGUGAUCGUCUUCCUACCAUCAACGACCGCGGGAAGCUCGUAUACACGGAGGCAAGCCUCUAUGAGGUGUUGCGUUACAGCAGUAUUGUUCCGACCAAUCUUCAUGCUACUACCAGGGAUACAGAAUUUGGUGGCUAUCAUAUCCCCAAAGGGACAGUGGUGUUGAUCAACACACACUCCAUGCACUAUGACCCUCAAGAAUGGGACCAGCCGGACAAGUUCCUUCCAGAGCACUUCAUGGAUGGUAGUGGCACUGUCCGUGAGCAUCCUCCAAGCUUCCUGCCCUUUGGAGCGGGUCGUCGUGGAUGUCUAGGUGAAGCCGUGGCCAAGGCUGAUCUCUUCCUUAUCUUUUCCUGGUUCCUGCAGAACUACACCUUCAGCAAGGUCCCAGGAAAGGAGUCUGAAGACAUCUUAAACAUGAUUCCUCAGACAGCAUUUGGUAGACUCCUUAUCUCCUAUGAGAUCAUGAUCAACAAACGAGACUAGUAGGGUCCUGAGCCAGUAUUCAAUUCAAUACUAAAUCAGAAAGGUUAAUAUUUUACUCAGCUAUCGGCUUAGGUAAAAUACUAGUCAACUUUGGUAUUCAGUUGAAGCUUUGGGCUAAUUAUGUUACCCCAAGCUUAAAACUACUCCCUCGCAGGGUAAAGCUAAUUAUUUGUAGGCUUUGAUUGGCAGGCCAUAAUGGAAGAGCAAAUUAUAUGAGCACACACUGAUUUGUAACACGUUUGUUGCACAUGAUUUUGUAUUGGCUACGUGAUGACACAUUUGUCACCAGUACAUUUAAGUAUUUUUGAUAUAAUUUAAAAUACCGGCCUGGGCCUCUAUCCGCAUGCCUGUUUAAGCUGCCUCAGAUGGUUUUGUGAGUCCUCUUUUAUCAAAUAUUAAGUUAGAUUGAUUCAGGAAAGUGAAUUCUUAAUUAUUUUUAAAAGCUAAAACACAUCUUUGGUCAAUGUAAUGGAUGUGGUUAAAAGGACUUUCUGUCCAUUGCAUUUAGAUGGUCUUGACACCAAAUCAAUGACUAAUUGAUUAUUUACGACCAGUAACAGUUAUUAAUGUUUCUUUAUAUAGUAAUCCUUGAUUGAAAAAUCCCAACUGUCUAUAUUUUGAAAUUACUGUUAAUCAGUAGAAACAAGUCUUUUUCAGUGGAUUGGCAGCUCUGGAUGGUUUUACUAGUAAAUAUUGAAUGCAAAGGUGCAGUGAUACAAGACUCUACAUAAAUGAAUAAAUACUAACAAGAAAUGCCUCACAUGUGAUUCCUUUAAAAAAUGGAUGGAUGAUAAAGUCGAUUGUGGCAGGGUUGUGUACCUUCCUACAUCUUGUGUCUAAAGUGUUGAAAGUUAUGAAGAAAUAAUUUGUUGUUUGUUUACCCCUUGACUUUUACCAACAUUCUGAAUCCCCUGUUUAUCUAAAUAUUUGGUGUUGUUACAUUAAAAAAAAAUGAUUAUUGCAGUAAUUUAUAGACCUCCUUCUCAGAGCUGUGUUGACUUUAUAACAGAUGUUAACAAUAUUCUAGAGAUAACAGUCUCAAACAAUCUGCAUCAUUACGACAAUUUAAGUAUAAAUAUAAACAAUAUCUUUGCAAUUCUAAAUAGUCAUACAAAUUUAAAAACAAUUAUUAUUAUGUUUCAAAUCGCAAUUAUGUUAUCAUCGGGUCAAUUUAAUCUAAUUAUAAAACCAGACGUUUGAAGGGAGAGUCAACCCUGAGGAUGGGUUUACUCCGCCUUUACUAGGCCAUACACAUUCUCAGGGUGGACUUCCCCUUUAUUGCUACCGGGGCUAGACUCGAUAAGCUUCGCUUUUUCUAGCCCCAUCUACUUUACUUACCUUUUUAUGUUUAUGUUGAUGUUUGUUAACUGAUGUAGAUUUUCAUUGUUAUUUUAUGCUUAUGUAUCUGUUUUUCAUUUGCUCUAUGUGUCAAAUGUGUACAAUGUAAUCUGUUACCUUGUAUAUAUUUUCUGGUUUUUAAUGUGGAAAAUAAAUGAAAUGAAAUGAAAUGAAUAUAAUUGAAGAUUUAUAUGCAUGUUAUACAGGUGUAGGCCUAUCAUAUAAGGUGGAGAGGAUAUGUAUUUUCCGUUGCUUGUCUUCAAGUCAUUUGAAGGGGAACCAUGUACACAUAAAUGGGUAGGGAAGGCCAAUUAUUUACUUUACCUUUACCGCGAAUACUGGAAGAAAGCUGAGACAGUAGUCAAGCUUCCAGGUCUAUCUUCUUGGCCUAUCUUCUUGACAGUACUAAUUUUCAAUAUUGACUUUAUAUGCAUUUGUGAGUCUGUAACUUGUGAAUUAGAUUAGAACUGUGGUCUGAAUUGUGCUGAUGUUGCUUCAUUUGCAUUAAUUUCCCCUUUUUAGCGUUAUUUUUUUCUAAUUGUCAAAAUUUGUUUUUCGAGUUUCUACAGAAUUUAGAAUGAUGUACAUAUAAUUGCAUAAUUCUUUAUAAUUGCUGCGACGUACAAUAUUAGAUCAUGUUUGUAUUAUGUAAAGAUCAACAAUAUUUUACAGUAAAUAAUAAUGAUAUAUUUUGUAAUAUCAAUUUCUAAAGAAAUAAUCAGACGGUGUUCAUGGAAUGUAGUAAAAAUAAAAACAAUAAUUUUCAUUGAA